AUGAUCCCUAGACCAAUUCCCGAUGAGAUAUUUCCAAUCACAACAUUUAUUUUGGACCUACCGACUAGUCUCGUUCCGCAGUCCUUCCCAUCGUCAUCUGAAAAUGGCCCUGUUAGCGGACGCUUAGUCAUUGUAGGCGAUGUGCAUGGGAUGAGAAAAUCGCUCGAGGCGCUCCUAGAUAAAAUUGGCUUCGACAAACUCAAAGGAGAUCAUCUCAUACUAACUGGCGACCUAGUCAAUAAAGGGCCCGAUAGCCCUGGUGUUGUUGACUUGGCCAUCAAGCUGGGGGCCAGCGCAGUGAGAGGCAACCACGACAAUGCUGUUCUUACUGCGGCCGCGGAGAUCAAAGCCACAAACGAUAGUCUACUACAAUCUGGACGCUUGACUGGCAGUCGGGCCCUACCAGAAACCCCCGAAGCCGAUGUGCCCAAGGAUACCGUCGAAGACCGCGAGAUCUCUUACAAAGACGCAUCUGCUACCACCGGGGCAGGUAGGAAACAUAGCGCAGCAACGUAUACUACAGCAUUGGCACUUUCGACCCGCCAGCUCGAUUGGCUUGCCGCUUUGCCGUUGAUCUUGCGCGUCAAGCUACCUCCUAACUUGACAUCCUCCUUCGGUGAUACUUUGAUUGUUGUACAUGCGGGCCUCGUCCCUGGUAUUUCACUUGAAGCGCAGGAUCCACACGCUAUUAUGCACAUGCGGAGUCUCGUUCGAACACCCGAUGGCGAGAGUGACUUCGAACCAGCUGAAACCUUCGGGGAAGAAGGCUGGGCGAUGGAAUGGGACCGAUGGCAAGAUAAGCUAGCAUCCAAGACUACUGUGAUAUUCGGACACGAUGCGAAGCGUCGUUUGCAACUGGGAAGGUAUACCAUCGGACUGGAUUCAGCGUGUUUAUACGGCAAUCGGUUAAGCGCGCUUGUGAUUACGGGUUGCGAUGGAGAAACCAAGCACGAGAUUGUUCAAGUCGAAUGUGCUGAUGAGCCUGUGGCACCAACGGGAUAG